CCCCGGCCCGCGAGCCGACGCGCCGCCCGCCGAAGCCGUUCCCCCGACGGGCAGCGGGGCGCUCGGCCGCCGCGUCUGGGCUAAGCGCCGCGACGCUGCCGCCCCGAAGCCCUCCAGGAUCUUGAGGCGUAUGGAACCUCAAGGUCUUUAUGACAAUGGAAACCAAAAAAUUGAUUGGUAAACCGCUUCAACCAGCAAGACCUGUUCGUCAUCUGACUUCUCCCCCUGGACCAGUGUUCCCUUUCAACUUUCAAAAUGAAUAUCCAUGCAACACUCAGUGCUUACAAAGUGGAGUUAGCAGAUGUAAGACGAAUGGAAUGCAAGCCUUUUCUCAAGGUCUUAAUGAACAACAGCAACAUCAGUCUCCAGUUAAAAAAGAGAGAAUUAAAUACAGCAGAGAUUUCCUGUUGAAGCUCUCAAGUGUUUCCAUCUGCAGAAAAAAACCAGACUUUUUGCCUGAUCAUCCCAUUGUACUUCAAAAACCAGAAAACAACCAAAGUUUUAAGUAGCAUUUUAAGAACAGAUGAAUUUGAAGAUAAAGAAUUAUUCGUUUUAUAUUUUGGACACCUGCAAAUGAAGUGGAUCUAAUAACAAUAACUGUAAUGGACUGUGACAAUUCAAUUUAUUUUUAAUUUUGAUGGUUGGCUAUUUGGCUUCUCCUAAAAUGAGAAAAAUAUUUUAAACUAUAAAGAAUUUUCUAAUCAGUUUCAGCUUUGCAGGCAGUUUCCUGCAAAAAUUGGGAAGUAACACUGGAAAGUAGGAAUUUGGUUAGUAAAGUGGGAAAACUGUGAAUUUAUUAUUUGCAUGCUACUUGCAAGUUUUUCUUUUUCAUCACUUGUAAUAAUGGAAUGGAAAUGUAAGCUGUAAAGAUUCUCAAAUAUAAAGUAUUUGCUACGAUGUA